AACCGAUCAGUAACAGAGAGUAGUCGAAUCACUAGUGCUACUGGAAAAUACAUUGGCUGUUUUAAAGGUACUAUGAUAAGAUUUUUACUGAGAUACAACUAUGCUACCAGGUACAUGGAGUAAAAGGUUUGACAAUUCAAAGUCAAUGUAGAUAAGAAAAAGCUGUCAAUUAGAUUUUCUUUGGUUUAUAGAGUUUAUGCAUAAUAACAUGACAUCGUCAAAGUUAGUUGUUGGUGCUAUAGACUUUGGGACAACAUAUUCAGGAUAUGCAUUCUCCUUUGCACACGACUAUGAAAAAGACCCAAUGAAAAUACAAGCAAACCAUUGGAUUGGUGGAGGACACAUGUCACUUAAGGCCCCGACAACAAUUCUUUUCACACCUGAGAAGGUUUUCCAUUCAUUUGGAUAUCAAGCAGAAGAUAAAUACGCUGAUCUUGCUGAAGAAGACAUUCAUAAAGAUUGGUAUUACUUUAGGAGGUUUAAAAUGAUUCUACAUCAGAAAAAAACCUUGUCCAGAAAGACAUUGUUGUAUGACGAAAACAAGAAGGCAUUGUCAGCUCUACAUGUGUUCUCGUCUGCGAUAAAAUUUCUGAAAGACCAUCUCUGCAAUGAAAUGUCUAAGAAAAUGACAGAAUUUGAAGAGCGGGAUAUAUUUUGGAUGUUAACUGUACCUGCAAUAUGGACAGAUGCAGCCAAAAAGUUUAUGAGGGAAGCUGCAUUGGAGGCUGGUAUACAGUCAGAUUGUUUGUCCUUAGCACUUGAACCUGAAGCAGCCUCCAUCUUUUGCAAGCUCCUCCCGGUUGACUGCCUGAAACAUAACAAUUCGACAUCUAUUGAGGCUUUUAAAGCAGGAUCAAGUUACAUUGUCCUUGACCUUGGUGGUGGCACUGUUGAUGUGACUGUUCAUCACUUAGAGUAUGAUGGAAAGCUAAGUGAAAUCGCUCGUGCAAGUGGCGGUGCGUGGGGUGGUACUCAAGUUGAUGAAGCAUAUUUAAGAUUUCUCCAAAAUGUGUUUGGCGAUGAAGUCUUUCAAGCAUUCAGAGAAAACAACACAGCCGAUUUCCUUGAAAUGCUGCGAGAAUUUGAAAUAAAAAAGAGAACUAUAAAUAAAAAGAAAGAAGGCAACAUUGUUAUCAGGUUCGCUGCUUCCCUUUCUGAAACAUACAAAGAAAAAUGCAGCAAACCUCUUGCUAAUCACAUAUUGCCAGGACAUCUAGGAUCAUCUGUCCAAAUAAAGCGGGAUAAAAUUCAUGUUGAUGCAAACACAAUGAAGAAAUUCUUUUCAGAUUCGAUCACAAAUACAAGCAAACAUGUUAGGGAAAUUUUGGAAGAGAAUGAAUUCAAAGAAAUUGAUACGUUAUUGCUUGUUGGGGGAUUUGCUGAAUCGGAAAUAGUUCAGGAGAGCGUGAAAGAAGCAUUUCCAAACAAAAGAAUCAUCGUACCUAGCGAACCUGGCUUAGCCGUUUUAAAAGGAGCAGUACUGUUUGGCCAUAAUCCUUCGGUUAUGAAAUCAAGAAUAAGCAAGUAUACUUAUGGAGUAGAGGUGAUUAAUCGUUUUGUAAAUGGAUCAGACCCAGAGAAAUACAAAGUCUUCGAAAACGGCUUUUAUAAAUGCAGAUACAAGUUCUGUCCAUUUGUUCGAGCUGGUGAAAUGGUUCCCGUUGGUACAGUCGUCCAAAAACCAUUUAUUUCAGAUACAUUUGAUGUUAAAGAAGGAUUUGGAAUAUAUGGAUCUACAGAAAGAAAUCCAAAGUACGUCGUUGAUGAAAGCUGUUUUCGAGUCGGCACUGUAUAUUUUGAUAAGCCGCUUCAACAUCAUACUGUUGAAAUGCGUUUCGGGGAGACAGAAAUCUGUCUGCAAUGCAUUUUUAAAUCAGGCGAUAAGAAAACAAUAGGUUUUGAUUUUUUAUGUACGUAAAAGGGUCAUUGGUCCUUUAAUUAUGUUUGUUAUCAUAUAUCUUUAUGCUACUGCUUCGUUGAAAGAAGUUUUUUUAAUAUGGAGAUCAAGCAUUCUUGGUCGGAUAGUUUAAUAUUUUCCGUUGUUAUGAAGAUAUGUAUAACCAUAUUAAUGUUGCCUUGAUAUGCUCAUACAUUACGUUGAUAUGAAGACGUAAUUGCUAUAAAUUAUUUUAAUAAUCUUUAAGGCGUAAAUCAUGCUUGGUGUUCUACACUUAAGUUCAACGCUACGCUUUUAUCUUCUGAUUGCAUCUGACGGUUAAAGUGGGAGACUUCACACAGGUAAAAAUGCACUAUAUGAACACCAAAUGACAUUUAUCCUAGUUUAACAUAAUAAUUAUGUUAUUCUACAUACAUGUUUUACAUAUGGAAACAUCUAUGGUAUGCCAAACAUACGUUAAACAUGUGUUGCAUUUUUACCCGAGUAAAUGCAUCAAUCGAGUCUAUUUUUGCGUAAAAUCACGUAGAAUCUAAUUGAGACUGCUCAAAGUUCAAUGUGAUAAACAUGAGUUUCACAUAUGUUUGUCAAGAUAUGUUUGUACAUGGUUCUGGUUUAACAUAUGUUAUUUCACAUAUAAAAUGACAUGUGCUUAAACAAAUGUUUUUCAAAACAUAUGAAACACAUGUGUUUUACAUAUGUAAACAUAUUGUGUGCCAAACAUAUACAUUGUAUUAAACAUGUGGGGCAUUUUUACCUGACUGUAUAUUACAUGUGCCACCCUUUCUUUCGCUCUUUUGUGUCCUCUACCGUUUUUGGUUCGAUGCCUUCUCGGUGCCCUGCUGGUGUGGCUAAGUUAUGUUAGGCGUUGCGUGUUGUGGGGUCGUCAUAUUUUGUCCAUCUUUGUUCUUAUUUUAAAGUUAAAAAACACAUUUAAAUAUUAAAUUUAUUUACUUUAUGUGCAAAAGGAAUAUGUACACUAAAACUGGAUACGCAUGGAAGUAUGGUAAAGAAUCGUUCGAUAAACGUUAGAAACAUUUGAUUACUAGCUAUUAAUUGCACGCAUCUUUUUGUGUUCAUAUACAUAGUAUGGCAUAACCUUUACCAGCAUUACAUCGAUAUGAACCCUUUGUAGAUUUAUAAAAAAAUUCACCUUUACAGUAUAUAAACGUCAGUUCAUAGUUUUUAAAUUUAAUAUUUUUACUUUUUUCUUUGCAUUUCAUAUGAUUUAGCUUUUAAAUAUGUUGUUUUUGCUUCAAAUGCACUUUUCUCCUCGUCAGGCAAAGUUAAAGUUUUAAUAUUCAUAAUUUUGUCUUUUGUUUUCACUCUUUCCCUUUUUCAAUGUGAAUGCACUUGAUACGUAAUGUUUGUGCCAGAAAUUGUAAUAAUAAUUCGAAAUGAUCAAUCGUAAGUAGUUCUUUGUAAAUUUAGUACAAAGUAAGUUGUCAGGUCGCACAACACAGCUAUUAAAGACGAUUUUAGAGACCCCAUACCAACGGAGUAAUAUUUAUCGCACAAACAAUCUACGUUAUAUAAAGCAAACAACGCAAAUUUACUGAUUUUUACUCGUUUCAUUGUUUGAAUACCCUGAUGGACUAUGUAAUGUCAAAUAAAUAAGAUUCCUUUAAAUGCAAUACUUUUCAAAUUGUAAGAUCCUCGUCGAAUGUGCAAUAGAGAAAAAAAGAAUCCCAAAAGAAAAUCCAAAGUGAAAAUAUAGCAGGCAUGGUUUGAUUGAGCCCGUUCAUGGGCGGCACUGUCAAGUGUAAACUACCGUCCACGCCCUCUAGCACCGGAGUAUGCCGAAUUCAACAUUUUAACAUUAACACUGUGAAAUUAAAAUAAAAUCUUUACAGCGUUAGCUGUAAAAUUAGCACAAUGUUGAAUUGGAUAUAUUUUUCUGUAUUGUCUUGAGUCAAAAUUGAUUGUGAAUCGAAUUCCUUUGAUUUUUGUUGAGGUAACAAUUGGAUUAAACAAGGAAACCCCUUAAUCACCUUGUUGUUUAUCUUAUUCUUAAAUGAUAUUGAACGUUGUAGAGAUCUCGUUAAUGACUUAGAAAAUCUCUGACAGCACAGCUGAAUUAAAACUAGACAAAAGUAAAUGUAAAAUUUAAAUUGGAACAAAAACUUAAUGCUAAAUUUGAUGAUAAA